AUGUUUCCGUCGAGAUCAGACACAUCUCGAUACUCCGUCGCUUCUGGAAUUUUCCAGAUCAAUACCGGAGUUUCUACGUUUCAGCGGCUCGUCAACACACUCGAUACUCCCAAGGACACGCCGGAGCUCCGGUACAAGACACGAUUGCAUAUUGGGCAGCUUGUGAUCCAAUUAUGCCCGUUUUGCAAAACAUCCAAUUAUGCUGUCGAGUAUCGUGGAGGGAAGACUAAAGAGGAGAAGAGCGUUGAUUGUUAUGGACGCCAAAAUAAGGAUUAG